UCACCGGUUAGGUUUGUAAAACCCUUCCAUUUUAGAGAAAUUACUCAUCGAAUAGAUAGUACAGAGAACAUCUCUCUAUUUAUGCUUUUCGUGCAUCCAAGAAAGAGAAAAUUCCAGAUUUGUUUUUGCAUAGAUAGAUGUUGUAAACGAAGCAGUAACAAACACUUCUCUUCUGCCUCUUCACGACGCUGCAAUAAAUAUUCUUCUCUCAUUUAGCUUCUCUCUUCCCAAGAGUUCGAAGCUUCCCAGCUCAACUAAACCAGGCUAGGGCUAGCCUUCGUCUAUCUAUAUUUGAACCGCCUUGCUAUAGAACAUCUGAAGUUUGCAAUGCUAUAUGUUAGCUCAUAGAGCUGAGGUUAGUGAGCAAUCCUCCAUUGAUUCCUUCUUCAAAUGUAAUUGUGCAACUUUGAAGUGUGCUCUAUAAGUAGAAGAAUAAGUUUACCCGAGCCGUGUUUCAUGGACUUUAUUUCUUUGUCCCUCAAAUAUGACUGCUUGUGCAGCAACAUAUUCUUCACUGAUAAUUUCUAAAUGUCUUAUCAAAAAGCAAGUGAUAAUUGAUAAAUGUGCGUUUGUGUAGCUCUUAUUAGCAUUCUGCACCAUAUAAGUUUCUUUUAGUGGGACCAUUGUGCCUCAAUAUUAUUAUUGCCCUAUUUUUCUCUAAAUGUAGCAAGUGAUUGACAAUGUCAUUAUCCUCUCAUAGAUAUUUGCAUUUCUUUCUUUAUUCUCAGGGGAGCACAGUGCAUGCAUAUUUAUAUGUAUCUUCUUAGUUGAGUGUAGAGUUAAUUGUGGAGCCAUGCAAAAGGAUAGUGUUUCAGGUAACCCAGCAACACCUACAGGACGUCUUCGUCGCCGUAGAGGUUCAAAUGAGGUUCCUUCUGAGGUUGGCAAAGAAAAUGGAAGCCAUUUACUUGUGAAUGAUCGAAGCAAAUACCAGUCAAUGUUGAUCCGUGUGUAUUCAUCUAUUUGGAUGAUUGGGAGCUUAACCCUCAUAAUCUACAUGGGUCAUCUCUAUAUUAUGGCCAUGGUCAUUGUUAUCCAAAUUUUCAUGGCAAGAGAGUUGUUCAAUCUGCUCAGGAAAGCACAUGAAGACAGUCACCUCCCUGGAUUUAGGCUACUAAAUUGGCACUUUUUCUUCACUGCUAUGCUGUUUGUAUACGGCCGCAUUCUCAGUCAACGGCUCGUGAACACUGUUACUUUGGACAAAUUUCUCUAUCAGCUUGUGAGCGGAUUCAUCAAAUAUCAUAUGGUCAUGUGUUAUUUCUUGUAUAUCGCAGGUUUUAUGUGGUUCAUUCUUACACUGAAGAAGAAGAGGUACAAGUAUCAAUUUGGCCAAUAUGCAUGGACGCACAUGAUUCUAAUUGUGGUGUUUACGCAGUCCUCUUUUACAGUAGCCAACAUUUUUGAAGGAAUUUUCUGGUUUCUUCUUCCAGCAUCACUUAUUGUAAUCAAUGAUAUUGCUGCUUAUUUUUUCGGGUUCUUCUUUGGACGAACUCCUUUGAUCAAGUUAUCCCCGAAGAAAACUUGGGAGGGCUUCAUUGGAGCAUCUGUUACAACUAUUAUCUCUGCAUUUGUGCUUGCAAAUAUUUUAGGUCGUUUUCAGUGGCUAACAUGUCCUAGGAAGGAUUUAUCAACUGGUUGGCUUCAUUGUGAUCCUGGUCCAUUGUUUAGACCGGAGUAUGUCAUUUUACCUGGAUGGAUUCCUCAAUGGUUUCCUUGGAGAGAAAUCUCUGUUUUGCCAGUACAAGGGCAUGCAUUGUGGCUUGGCCUUUUUGCAUCAAUUAUAGCACCUUUUGGAGGCUUCUUUGCGAGUGGUUUCAAGAGAGCUUUCAAGAUCAAGGAUUUUGGUGAUAGCAUUCCUGGACAUGGUGGGAUUACCGAUAGAAUGGAUUGCCAGAUGGUAAUGUCUGUGUUUGCAUACAUCUAUCAUCAGUCAUUCAUUGUGUCUCAAAGCUUAUCAGUUGAAAUGAUUUUGGACCUGAUAUUGAUGAACCUUACUUUCGAGGAGCAGCGAACUCUAAACAUGCAGCUGGGGCAGAUCAUCCAAGAUAGGCAGUUUGGAGAAUAUUAAGUUUGCAAUACUGACCUCUGUAAUUUGUGUAGCUCUUCCUCCAGCUUACCGUGUGCCUGUUACCUGUUUCUGUUGCCCUGCAUAAUUUUUUUUAGCUGGGGGUCUUCCUUAUUGCACUCAGCUGCACCUUCUGUAUAGUGCCUUGUACCCAUUUAUUAACUUUUAUUUAUUUAUUUAUUUAUAAAUGGUGCUGUUAGAGUAUAUGUGGCUCAUAUUUACUGU